GCAAGAUGUGGAAGAAGCAUCCCUCCAAGAGAAGAAAUCAUAUUUGUUUGUUUUUUUUCUAUGUUAUGUCAUCUGUAAAUAAUUCUAAUCACAUUUUGUUACAAUAAUAAAAAUGGGCUAUUGGCUUUUGUGUCAAUUUACACCAUGUUUCAUCACUUUUUGGUGUUGAAAAAACCUCCCUUUUAGACGAUGACAAAGCUUGUAACUGUGAAGGCUUGAACUCGCCCAUUAAACCUGAUUCGUGAGUCACGUUGACAGUGACGAACAACUUCUAAAUUAGAAUUGACCUGUACACCCUGUGCUAUUCUGAAAUAAAGAUGUCAUGGUCCAACAAAUGAAAAAUCUGGGUUAUUUGAAAAUCAGAAGGAAACAAGACUGAUGGGUGUUGGUUGAUGUUUCUCCUUCUGGUAAAAUAUUUUUUUUUGUGUAAAAUGACUUACUUUAACCAGGAUCCCUCGCCAUACCAUAGCCAAAGGUAGAACUGUGGUUGUCUUGAUGCAGUAAAUGCUUGCUGGCGGGGACUUGGUGCUUCCUUACAAGCUCUCAUCUGCUAUGGUGUGUUGGAUCAUCUUUCUGCCAUUCAUUUUGCAACGGCUGCCUUCCACCUUGCCAAUUGGUCCUUUUUGGUCUGGUUGUGGCACUGCCACAUGCUCCUCUGGUUAAGAUAAGGGGCACCUCCCACAGACAUCUUGGCCAAGGACUAUGCAGAGGAUACAACUGCGCCUGCCUGUGAAUAUUUUCAGUUAUUGAGGUCAGGCAUGCAAUUGAUCGCAGUUGAACUUUUCAGGUUGUCUUGAGAGACUUUUUGCCUCUUACCUGAGCAGCCAUUAGUUCAUACUUCAAAGGUAUCCCUUGCAACUGCACGAACUCUCCUUGUGCUUGUCUCUGCCACUCCAAGGCAGCGGGUAGCCCACAUCCGGGUAUUCUGUCGAGAUGGUCAUGGCGGAGGGCACUGCAGUUCUCAGGAGGAAUCGGCCUGGAACCAAGGCAAAGGAUUUCUACAACUGGCCGGAUGAGUCAUUUGAGGAGAUGGACAGCACCCUGGCUGUUCAACAGUACAUUCAGCAGAACAUCCGAUUGGAUUGCUCCAAUAUCGACAAAAUCCUGGAACCACCCGAGGGUCAAGAUGAGGGAGUGUGGAAAUACGAGCACCUCAGGCAGUUCUGCUUGGAGCUCAAUGGACUAGCGGUCAAACUGCAGAGCGAAUGUCAUCCAGACACAUGCACCCAGAUGACAGCCACCGAGCAGUGGAUCUUUUUAUGCGCCGCCCACAAGACCCCCAAAGAGUGCCCUGCCAUCGACUACACCAGGCACACACUGGACGGAGCGGCCUGUCUUCUCAAUAGCAACAAAUACUUCCCAAGCAGGGUGAGCAUUAAGGAGUCUUCGGUUGCAAAGCUGGGUUCGGUGUGUCGCCGCAUUUAUAGGAUAUUCUCUCACGCCUACUUCCACCACCGCCAGAUAUUUGACAAAUAUGAGAAUGAAACAUUCCUGUGUCACCGCUUUACGCGUUUCGUGAUGAAGUACAACCUCAUGUCCAAGGACAACCUGAUCGUGCCCAUCUUGGAGGAGGAGGUGCAGAACACCUCGUCGGCCGGCGAGAGCGAGGCCUGAGGGAGACGCACGUGAACAUGCCCACGCACACGUCUACCACACACUACUGUACAGUGUACUAAGACCUCCCGGCCCGCACCUUGUUCCUUCAUUGUCAACUUUGUCGAACAUAAAAGGAAACCUGCGGGACAAUUUAA